UUUGCACUAAUGCCGGUAGAUGGGAUUCCUACAUUGGUCUUCACGCGAAUGGUAGGAAAAAAUGGUCUCGGAGCACGGGAACGUACGUACCUUGAGCCAUUCAGUUUUCGUUGUUCACUGUGGAUGCUGCGCUUGGACGUUCGAGCUGUUCGAUCGAGACUACUUGCACCGAAGGGAGCCAUAGUUGUUUCUACCUCCACUUUCGGACCACUGUGUUCAGGAACAGCCUGUGUCCUAAGCUUGAACGAUUUUCAUUGAAUCUUUCUCAAAAUCAGUGCAGUGCGAGCGGAAGUGUUAAGUGAAGCAUCUCCGGCCAGACCAGUUUUCCUUCGAUUCCGUUCCAAACCAUUUUGGAGGUGGAGAAAAAGAAAAGGAUAUCUGUCUACACAUCGCCUGCAGUACUUACUGUCAACUCCCAGAGAUAUGGGUGUAUGUGUGUAAAGGUGCUCCCCGCGGACUCUUCGGUAAAAAAUAGUCCCCGUUCGCAGACGGGCUGCAUCGAGCGAACGUUCCAGGCAAGGUAGCAAAAUUUGUCAGUGCAAUUGAAAGCAGCUCCAGCAAGCAGGAAUAUGAUCCAGCAAGCACGAUCAAUCAUUAUUCAUUGAACUCGAAACUCCGGUUUAAAUACGUGCGCCAGGCUUAGUCAACACUGCUCUAAUACUGCUGUGGAGCUAAAUUAAUGCAAAUGGUGUGAAAACUAGCGUGCCCAGCGUCUGUGUAGCAUUUGUCUGACAUUGUUGGAUACUCGGACAAAUUAUUGUGGGGCCAGUUUGCGAAGACCAAUUGCAAAAAUUGUUGCCCCAAAAGACAAAAAGUGAAGUCUGAUUUUUCUUUCACUGACCCUGAUACUGCACACCAGUGGCCAACGGGACGUCGAGCGAAAAAGAAAGGCUACGAAGCGAGAUAGACGUGAGUCGGACCGAGAGCGAAACUAAAGAAACAAAGCCAAUACUAUAGUGCGAGCGAGCGAGAGAGACGAGCAAAAGGGGAGCCUAUAAGCGCCACGGUAGAGUGAGCGAAACGGGAAAGUGAAGCGAGAACGAGCACAGAGUACAGCAACACAUAUCUGGGUUGUGCGACAGUGUGCGUGAGAUGUUGUGUGUGGAAAAGUGAGCGAAGGAAAUUUAUACCAGCAAGAGCAGGAGAAGCGCAACGUUAUCGGAAGCAGCAGGGAGAGACGACGGUCGCAGCAAACCAAAUAAAAGUUUUCCAUCGGGGAUCCAAGCAAGCCGUGCGUGGUUUUCUUAUUUCGUCGCUAUUUCAUUGCUGACCGCCGUCAGAAGAAGGGGUGCUGUAGUACAUCGCACACUCAAGGCUGCUUCUGUCCGUGGGGUCGCAGUGAUUAUUUUGUGAGGAAAUUUGACUUCUGUCAAUCGUGCGUGCGUUGCAAUCGAGCGCUGGCUGGCCGUGUUUGUGCAGUGUGUGAUUAUCGCAGGAAUCGUGUGUAUUUUUAAGCAAAUCUUUUCGUUCGCGAUUUAUACUGCAACAAUAGUGCAAUCUCCGUUAAGUUUGUGAGACGUACGAUCGUUGUUUUUUUUGAGACCGUUUUUAUUGCUGUGUGUGAAAAUCAAACUAAAACAAUCUGUCACUACUGCUCUGCCUUGCGUGUGGUCCUCCAGGGUGCUACAAUCAUUUGCCCACCGUGUCGUGCCAGUGCAUGCAAGGAAAAAUCGUACCUCGGACUAAACGCAGGAGGACCGUCUGCCGUGUGUUGCUAUCGGACGAAGGUGUGGAGGAAAAUUGUUCACCGUCACACACAAAGUGAUUGCGAUAGGGGAAAAAAACCCCAUACGUGAGACAAUAUGCUGAUUAAACUGGUGAAAGAAGACUUUCCGUGUCUGAAAAACGGGUUUAUAUAACAUUAUCUUCGUGCUAUCGAGUUUCUUCGAAUCUACUUCAACAAGGUACAUAAUACUAAACGUAUACUCGCUGGGGAUAGUAUGCUAGACUUCAUGCACAGCGGUAGCUCCAUAUCUCCUAAACACCCUGCCAUUCCGGUUUCCAUCGGCAUUGCAUCCCUUGUGCUGGAAGGAAGAUCAUCCGCACUUGACGACAGUUCGAUCAAUGCUCCGGCCACCGUUUGUGCCACCUCGAGUGUGCUCGCCAGUGGCCAUGGAAAUGGCAGUGGGGGAGGAGCCGGCGGAGGAUCUUCAACUGGUUCCGGAGCGGCAGGAGGUGGUGGUGGCGGCGAUGAUGAGGAGGAAGGUGGGUUUUGUGGACAAAGGCGUGCGAGCGAGAGCGCUAGCGGUGCGUCCUCGCUCCAGCAAUGCAGUCUAAUGGCCAUUAAUGAAUCACAAAAAUCGCUCGCGAUGACCUGCUGCCACACACCCAACGAAACGCAGCGAAUCAAUCUGAAGCUACAGCAAAUUCGCUCCUCCUGCCCGAGCACGAGCAAGGAUGAGGUGCAGCAGCUGGUAACGGUUUCGGGCGAACCGAGCCGGGUAUCGAGCGGCGGCGGCGGCCACAGGCACGAGCGGGAAAUUUAUGAAUCAUUCUCUAAAGAUCCAGCCGCUAGAGCGUCCGCGUCUUCGCCGUCAUCGACUGUAACAUCCUGGUUUUCGCAUGAGUUGCCAAUCUCUGCCUCUACUGCUACCGCUGGUGUCGUCAUCUACAGUGGAUUCGAGAAAAUGAACGUACUCGGUACCGUGUCGCCCAUCAAGAACCAUCCGAUGGGCAAUAGCUUCAUAAACUUUUCCUCCUCCUCAUCAUCGGUUUCUGCCAUACCGUCGUCUUCAUCGGUGAGCUCAGUUCAGUCCCGUAAGCCUGCUGCUUCUUCGAAGCUGCAAUCGUCGUCGUCGUCGUCAAGUGCGCGAGAAGGACCCCACUGUGAGCAGUUUCUUAAGAAAAUUGGACUCACUAAACCGGAUACGGCUGAAGGUUCCGAGCAUCACUGCAGCUAUCGCAACAAAUACUGCCUUCGCUGGCAAGUAUAUUUCAAGCAGCUUUCGACCAUACUGACAAACGGAGAAGCAGUUUGCAUCGAGGUUUACCUAGGUCCGGAAAACCAUACAAUACUCUUGGAACAAUGGAUCCUGAAACUGGUGAUGACCAAAUCUCCUGCGACCAUGACCAUCCAGUCACUGUGCGCCGCCAUACGUAGUCAGCUUUACUUUUCACAAAUUUCUGCCUGGACCGACCUGAUCAAAAAAUCGCUGGAGCCGGACAUUUUCUCCCAUCCGCGCAUAAAGAAGAUAAUUCCAGCAGCAGCCUCCGGGGGACCUUCCUCCUUUUCCUUGCCACAGGCAAAGCUCGAUAUUCUGUUUCGCAUUCGAACGUACGACAAUACGGCGUGCUUUAACGAGAAACCGAACGUGCACAAUUUCCCCGACGCGAGUGUGGCAGAAAAUUUCGUCAUACAGGUGUGUCUGAAAAGCUUGCCCCGGCUCGAUCGCAUACCCGGUAUUGAUGCCGCGUUGGAUGCAGCGAAAAUGAUUGCAUGCUUGCAAAAGCAGCAGCAAGUCGAUCGUAUACCGUUGCCCUGCCACGAGAAGGGCAAACAUCGAUGUGCUUUCCGCGUGGAGCUGGAGGAGGAGGAAGAUGAGUACGAUCCAUCCAUGGUGGAAGGAGGAGCGGUUGAAGGUGAUGGUGACGACAGCUUACAGCUAACGUCGGCCGCUAUAAGCCACCGCGAGAAGCAGCUGCUUAAGUAUCGGAAGCGAAUGUUGAAGCGUGAAAAGAAAAAGAAAAGCGGAAGUGGGGGUGAAGGAAGCAGCAGCAAUGGAGGAAGCGUCACCAGCAGCACCACGAGCAGUAGCGCAUGUGCCAGCGUUAGUGAUCGAAACGGUUCAUCCACCGACGGCUCGUCAUACUUAUCAGCAAAACACUACAGCAUGUGCGGUCCGAUGGGAUCGAUGGGAAACGGCGUUGGGUGUAAAGUGCCGCCCAGCACAGUAGGAGGAUCGUUAGGAUUUAGCAACGGCGUUAGUGUGAUCGCAAACGAUGAGUGCAGUAAUGGAUCCUGCCGCAAUGCGUUAACAUCCUCGAUCAAUUCGAUUCAGCCACCGCUUUACUCGUCGAACGAUCAUCACCAGGCGAUGGUGAUCUGUGAGGAUCGUUUUCAUCCACCAGCCACCAACUCCAAAUCCACCCAAACUACUACUACAUCUGGCUUGUCCAACGAGUCGUUACCGCCGGUCGUGUCCGUAGCCACACAGACCGAUCCCACUGUUUUGGUGACACCGCCGGUCUGCCGUGAUUGCAGCAAUCGUUCACAGGAGGCAAACGGGCAACGCGUUACGGAUGCCGCUCCGAUCCCAGGUAACCAGGUACGGCGCGGUCUGGAUGUGAGCCAAAACGUGAACCACGCUAGCAGCAGCAUUAGCAGCAGCAGCCGCACAAACCGUGAUAGAUAUAUGCAAUAUUUUAACGAUUACUAUAGGACAUACAAUAUUAUCAAUGAAAACUGUGAUAAAGGUCCAGCAACAGCCGCACCCGAGGGGUGUGUCAAACCGGCACGAACAACCACCGAUGUGCCGAUGAUGGAAGAAGGCACCUUUUCUAGCGUCCAAAAGCCAAGGGCAAAUGGCAACGAUGUGAACAGUGGUUUGUUGGAUUUGCCCAAUGCUACUACUGCGACGCGUCGGCCAUGCUUCAUCGUCGGAGGAGACGGAUACGAGGGCGAUGAGGACGAUGACGGCAGUACGCAGAAAAGGAAUCGUGCAACCGCAAACGGUGGUUGUGCCGUCCUUCAACCGGGGGAAAUGCUCCUUCAAGCCAUUCAAAGAACUGCCAUGUUCAGUGGUUCCGAGGCGAACCAUCGUGAGAAGCAAGUUAGCGCUAAAAAUGGCCACGGACAAACGGCUUUAAACAAUAACAACUAUACCACUGCGAACAAUAAUAUCGUAAAGGGUGAAGCAACGGCAGUGAACGAUGGCAGCCGGCGGGUACACGUUGCCGGCGGAAAGCAGCCUGGCCAGCAGACCGAUGCUCGAGGCAACGAAAAGGAUGACACCAGGGACGGCAGCAAAUUGGCAGCAGCAACAUGUGAAUCAAGCGAAUGUGAUACCUUCAGCAAGGAAAAGAAGCUAGAUUUAGGUGACUGUCGACUGUGCAAGCGACAAAAAACGAAGCAUAAUUUUAAACUAAACCUUUCCACGUUGUUAUCCACAUCGUCGUUAGCCACCGCUAAAGGGUUGCCCACCGUUGUUUCUUCCGGCGCAAGGAUGGAAUCGGUGAAGAAAAGUAUCAUCCCCACCAGCACCGUACUGGACUGUGGCACCACGCCACCCGGCUGUCGUCGAACCCUGUCCGAGAGUCUGGUGGGACAUCUUACCAUCCCGGGCUCAUCCAGUACGUCGUCUGUGGCAAACGGGCAUAGUGGCGCAGCUAGGUGCGACGGUAGUGACGGCGAUGAUGCUGUUCCUUCUCACCAUGGUCUGCACGAAGGCUAUCCCAGCGGUGAGGAACUUAGUCCGGGCGAUAGUCCAAUGCUAAGCAGUUCGACGGGUGCAGUCAGCAAUGGCAUUUUUACGUUCGAACAGAUGAAAUCCUAUAGGCGAGCGUUCUCGGAGGAUGUGAUUGAUACAAUUACAACCCUCGGUCCCAGGGCGUACGAAAGCAACGAGCGUAAUCAGACCACCGAAGAGGACAGUACCGAGGACGAUGGCAGCGGCAGCGGCAGCGGUGGGUGUGAUAAUGAGAAUGAUCAAGUGUUUCGGCAAGUGCGGAGUUCUGCGCUCAAGUCUUGCGGCUGUGCUACCGAUCGUCGUAUGGCCAACGAUGAUAGCCCACAAGCGUUGGCAGCAGCAACACAAAAAACAACAGGCAAAUGUGGACAUCAAAUCCCACGUCGUCAUCGACCACACACAUCAACACCGGCCGGAGCAGGAAAUGGGAACGAUUGUAAGGAGCCGCUCUACAUCAGCUGUUCCGAGACGGAUUGCUCCGUCAGCACGGCCAGUAGCGUGUCGCCACACAAAAAGCAAAUCCUUAGCUGUGCCGCAAUGGGAAACAGUUCGCAGCCCAGUAGCUCGAACGGUCGGAAGGAGGACCGGUGCAGCAGCUUGAAACAGCAGCUGAUACAGCAUAAAACGUCUUCGAAGAUCAACCUCAACUAUGUGUUUUGUUUAUCUCCCUUGGCACGCGAUGAUUCCGGUUUCACGAGCGGAAGCAGUCCCGCCACCUCAGCCACCUUCCCUGCCACGUCGCCGAUCGCGAUCGAUGGCGGCGUCUCUUUCGGCAGCUUGAAAAGUGCGCGAACGGCGAACGGCGGCCGUGGGUUUGGUCCGGGAUUAUUUCGUUACGAUUUUGAGGAAACUCCCGUCAGCCCCGUGUCGGGCACGGUCAAAUCCAAAUCGGCCCCGGUAUUUCCUUUCUCGCCUCCUUCUGGUGGUGGUGGUGGUGCACUUUCGCCCCGCUUUUUACGAAACGCCCAGCGACAGUUUCAUCAUCGUACGCGUUAUCCUUCGGAGCGCUCUUCCUUCUCCGAGCGUUCAUCGAUCGGUUCGGACGAGCAACUGUCGGAUGACGAUCUCUCAUCAUACCUGCUGGAUUCAUCGAACGGAGGUAGCUACUGUAGUCCGUUGUCAGGACCUCACCUUCUGCCGUUCGAAGAUGUUGCACUUGUCGGAUCAUCAUCCAAGGUGAGCCGGUACGCGGCUCGUUCCAGCGCCACGGGUUGCGUGCUUCCCACGACGCAGAUGUUGAGCAAAGUGCUGAACCGGAAUUUGUUCAAGUUUGGCCGUGCACCAAUGCUGGGGACGAUGGAAGAGUCGCUGUUGCAGCGCCGGCUCACCCCAAAGUUCCAGGUCGCUGACUUUAAGGUGCUGUUGGGCGCCUCUGGCAGCUUCUGUCCGACGCAGCUCACCAUACCCGCUGCUUCCUACUUCUACGAGCUCCCUGGACAACAUUUAACCACACCAUACGUGUGUGAAUUACGUCUUCCAAGAAAGGGAUACUCGAUACCGCGCACAGGCACCGUCCAGGCAACGUUGCUCAACCCGCUGGGAACGGUGGUGCGGAUGUUUGUCGUGCCGUACGAUUUUCGCGAUAUGCCCGCAAUGUCCACCACGUUUAUACGGCAGCGCAUACUCGCCUGCGACGAUAGCAGCCUCAAGCUGCUCGGCAAAAACAUCGAACAGCUUAGCAAUGCUGAGCAAAUGAAGCUGCUUCGCUAUGCGAUCCAUUUGCGGUUUCAAACAUCGCGAUCUGGAAAAUUGUCGCUUCACACAGACAUCCGACUGCUGAUAUCCCGCCGCACGGACUGUGAUACGGCCGCUGCCCAUGCGAAAAAUUUGCUCGAGUCCCCGAACGAACUGAAAGUGGUUACCAUUGUACCGGAUAGUCCCAAAUUUAGUUUACGUAUUGAUAAGCAGCAGUAAUUGUUCCAUCGCGCGAUCACACGAAAAUGGUCGUUGGCUCGAACAGAUUUUGUCAGAUCAGUCGCCGUGCUAUAACUCCCUUAGUAGCGACAGCCACAGGUAUAUCAGUCUCAGUCUUUCUUCUACAAACACGAACGCACGAUGCGGGUGUUUUAUGUUUUGGAUUUAUUUUUUAAAUGUUCAUUUCUCAUACUGCUGGCAAUUAGUUGGUGACACACGUUAUUAUCAUUAGGAAGUUGUGUUUGGUUUUGCGAUUUUAUUAUUAUUAGGUAUGUGAAUUAUAGUUGGUUUUUUUUUGGGAAGAAAUUGCCUGUCUCCUUCAUACUCGUAUUUCGUUCUGUUUUUUCCGUUUUUAAAUUAUCCGUUCAGCAGAGUGUGAUCUCGUCGGGCUCGAUUAGCUUACAGGCAAGGAGAUGUGCAAAUCUCAACCACGUAGAAAACGAAAGCGUGUGUUCUUCCUUCAAAUUUUGUUUAUUGCGCACAGAUUUAAUCGGUAAAACACUUUACUUUCUUAUUUCAAAAUUUAUUUUUUUCAUCGGACUUGGAGGAAAGUCAAUCUGACGUGUCACAAGCUAAUUGUGACGAGCAAAAGAGCAACAAAAACUUUAACAAACGAAUAAUAUGAAGUUGAUGACUCGAAAACUCAUGGGGAAGUCGUUAAAAACCAUCUGCAAGAUACAAGCAAUUGUGAUUAAUAGAUCGGUUUAGAUUUAUGCUUCAACUGUGAUUGCUAGAAAGCGUAAAUGAUUUAUAUUGUAGAUGCAAACACAGCCACAGUACAGUGUGUAUGCGACCAAAAAUGAUAAAAAACAAUUACAAAACGAAAAGCCGAAAAAAAUUAGAAAAAAGAAAAUUAUGAUCAUUCCGGAACAAAUGGGGGGGAAACAAACGUGGCUAAACGCGCGUCGUCCGCCCAAGGAGGACAUAUAUAAACAUUUGACAAUGAUUAAUCCGUUUUAGAGGCCGGGGCGACGAAUGAAACAAUAACUCGGCAGCUGUACAUAGCACGAUCGUAAAUGUGAUGAUGCCAAGGAACCGAGCAUGCAGGACAGAGCGGUGUUGUAGAUGAUCCUAAUUGUGUUUCAGUUUUGUUUGCCUAGUGGGCCAGUGUGGGUGUGUGUGUGUGUACACUUUAACCAUGUUUAACAAUAUCUUCCGAGCUGCGUUCGCAUUAAUGAUGAAUUUCCCCGUACGUUCAGUUGCUGUUCGUUCGUGCGUUCGGUCAAUGGUGUAGCUUCAUCCUUGUAUCGCUCUAUUGUUUGUUAUAGGUCUGUAGAUGAGUUAAGUGUAGCUGAGCGAGAGCAAUACUGUGAUGCAGCUGCUACUGUUGCGAGGUGUUUUUGUUCAUUAAGCUACCAAGUCAGAGUCAUAUUCAGAUACUUUCCUUUCGCUCCAUGUUAGUGAAAUGUUUAAAAAUGCUAUCCUAUCGAUGGUUAGAAAAGAAACAACCAAAAAGCGAGCAAAGAUGUGAGGGAGAUGAACGUUAGGCGCGCGUACAUAGAGUAGAUUCAACACACUGCCAUACCUAGCAGAAUGGGAGAAACAUGCGAACAAAUCAUGAUGAUGAUGCGUUCACACCAGCGUGACGUAAGCAACAAUUCACACAAUCAGCUAAUCGAUUCAUUCGUAAAACAGUUGUACUUUAAUAACGUAGCUAAAACUCGUUCUCAUAGGAGCAGGUAGUGUUAUAAAAUAACUAUUACAAAAUGGCAUUGAACGGUGGCGGCGUUUGCUACCGAAAGCACGCGCGCGCUCACGUGUGUGUGUGUGUCUCUGUACUAAUGGUGCUUUUUCUCCCUAGAUAAACAAAUGGCGCGAAUUUCGUACAUCGCGGUUGUUCUUUUUGGACACGUGCAAGGAAGCAUAUAAUUUAGGCAUUGAUAACAGACGGGAGGAGGAGUAGAAAUUUAAACCUUGCGUAAAGCGUUGAGAUGGUGAGAAGGUGGAGCAUAUUGGCAUCACGCGUGUGCAGUGCAUGGAUUAGGCAAAAUUCCCAUUCAAAUUGUGUUCCCAUGCUUGUACUACGUGCGUAGUGUGCGCGUUGUUGUUAUGCUACCGUUUAAGUAGUUGUGGAAAAAUAGUGUGAACACAUCGAUAACCGCCACCGACCGAGGAUUAGUUUGAUUGUGAACUAAACCUUGCAUGAAACAGAAGAAAACUAUACACACACAUGUACACACCUACAUGGAUAGCGAUGGUGUUAUACGUAACGCAGCAGGACCCAGGACCAGACGUGGCGAGCAAACACAAGACAACUAAACUAGUCACCGGCAUAAUAGUAUCGAAUUGUUUAUUCACCGUUGAGAGCAUGUUAGCCAAUUCUUUAAUCCUUACCACCCGCGUUAAGCGUAGCCAAACGUUUUUACCACACAAAACAGAUUUCUCGACCAGCAAUCCGAGGGUGAAAACCCUGGAACCGGAAAUUGAUUUGAAUGUUGCUCCAAGUGAACAAGUGAACGAUUGAAGUGUACAGUGCUCUAUCCUGCUCUAACAAACAAGCGUAAAUCUUUGAUUUAUGCACAAUUUCCCGCUCCCGCAUUAUGUUGUACAUUUUAUGAGUUAUUUCACAACGACAGAUCGCGGUGGUAUCGCGUACAAAAAAUAGCGUGUAAAAAUAGAAAAGGGGGUAACCACACAUUCAACUGCUGCUGGGUCAGAGUGAAAGUCAAACCAAAAAUUAAUCAAACACUACAGAAGAUAGAUAAAAUGGUAGGGAAACACAGGAAAAAAAAAUUGCAUCCACAGUCGUCGGACACGUGGUAGCAUUACAAAGUACCGACACGGACCGAAGGGGGUGCGUUGAAAGCGAUACUGGCUCUCGAGGAAGAAGGUUAGAGAAAACAGUACUAGAGUAAAGCGAACACUCACUCCCCCCACACAUACACACACACAUACACAACACCCACGUACACAUACACACACAUAUAUGCAAGUGGAAUGAAAAGUUGACGAAGGGCAGAAUAACAAUAUACAUUUACUAUAUAUUUAUAUAUAUACAUUUUUUCCAGAAAAGUAAUGAAAAAUAUUUAAUAAAGUAAUAACGAAAACAUUGAAUAA